UUUGAAGAAGUUCCUCGUGAACUUCCUGUGUGCGCUUUAAUCCACUUGUUGAGCAGAAGAAGAAGAAGCGCGAGAGGAGGCGAACAUUAAAGUUCAGACUUUUAAACACGCUUAUAUAAAAAUAAUGCCCGUGUAACUGGGGUUUAAAGUGAAGCCGCCAGCUGAGCACCAUGGUCGGUUUGAGAGAAACCGGUUUCCUCGGCGCCUCCGUCGCUCUGGCGGCAGGAGUCGCUUAUCUUAUCUGGAAUUACGCGUCCUCCUCCGGGCAGAAGAAGACGGGGAGCCGGCGGUCCGGAGAGAACGACACGAGUCCCACACGAAAAGAAGAUAAUAGGAGGAAAAAAGAGGAAGAAGAGAAGAGAGUCGUAGAGGAGGAGGAAGAGAUAACCGAGCAGACUGCCGUUGUAACUGCUGCUACUGCUGCUGUUACUGCUGCUCCUCCUGCUGAAGCUGUUACUGCUGCUCCUCCUGCUCCUGCUGCUGCUGCUGUUACUGCGACUAAAGAACCUACACGGACACAGUCCCAGCAUGUGCAGCCGAGGGGGACCCAGGUUCUGGUUCUGGGUCUGGAAGGAGCCGGUAAAUCCAGUCUGCUGCACUGUCUGGCCACGGGCAGCCUGGAGCUGGACCUACAGCCGACGCAGGGCCUCAACGCCGUCUCCAUCAACAGAGAGGACAUGCACCUCGAGUUACUAGAAAUCGGAGGUAAAGAGGAGCUGAGGCCGUACUGGCAGAAAUACAUGUCCAGGGCUCUUCUGCUCGUCUUUGUGGUCGACUCGUCCGAUGCGCAGCUCUUCCCGGUUGCUAAGGGACAUCUCCACGAGCUGUUGGCCUCUGACCCCUGCCUGCCUUUAAUGGUGCUGGCCAACAAGCAGGAUCUGCCGGGCGCCUGCAGCAUCACCGACCUCCACGACGCGCUGUCCCUGUCCGAGGCCGGAGACCGCAAGAUCUUCCUCAUCGGUGCCCACCUGAAAAAGGGGGAGGCGGAGCUUAGCUCAGGUGUUCAGGAUGCUCGCGAACUGAUCAUGCAGAUGGUUUGUGAGGGCAGAUAAAUCCCUGGUUACAGUCCAUUACAUGUUUUUUUUUUUUUUCACUUUAAUCCUGUGUUUUCUUUGCACUUUAUUGUUGUCAUCGGCAGUUUGGUAAAAAAAAAAAAUUAUAUUUGUGAGAAAAUUUUACAGUUGGGGAUUAAAGAACAAAAAAUGUAUUUAAUUUUUGCCCCUUUUCAUGAUAUUUAGACAAUUAUCAUGUUACUUUUCAAUCUUAAAGUCUUAAUGUCAAUAAGUGAUGAUAUCUGUGAACCUGUUAGCCGCUUUAUCACCAGCAAAGUACUAACCUUUUAAUCACAGCACACUUUAUAAUCUAUAAUAUCUUUAUAAUCUGGACUGAUACUGAUCCGCAGAAUACGUAAUACCUCGAGAAAAGACCUGAAUCUGCUCAAGAUCUUCAUGAGAUCUUCAACCUCAGAUCCUAAUUGAGGUCGGGUCAUACUGUACGCGUCCGCAGAGGUACGUUAUGGUCUGUGCGACUUAAAUUUUGUCAUAUACGGACAUUUUGAUCCAAAGUCGCUGAGAGCAGCUUUAAGGGAAAAAAGCAGGUGUUUAAACCAGUGGGACUUUGAUUGUGACAGGAAACACUACUUUAUCAUGUCGAUUGUUUUAUUGUGAGUGUUGGUUUACGGCUUUAAUAAGAGUUCAUAACGUGUUUUGAUACGUUUUUCAUACCCUUGAUAUUUGAUGUCAUUUAUUUUUCUACUUGGUAGAAAUUCAGUGUCUGUAAAGUUGUGGGACGAAGCUUUCAUGUGAACACUUUUUCUGAAUUAUGUUAAAAUGUGAAAGAGCAUUUUCUUCUCAACAUUGUCUAAAGCCAAAACCAGUUCCAUUUUAAAGUAUUAUGUGAAAACAAUCCCUCACAGUCUUACUGUCCAAUUAUAAUUUAGACCGUUACAGUUUUUUUGUUUGUAAACUCCCACACCAAAUUCCACAGAGAAAACCAGCGAUUUUACAUCACAGCACACAGGAGUUGUUGAUCCACUGCUGCCUCCAUCACAAAGUUCAAAUGAGUUGUUUUUGUGAAUUCUGUGUUUGAAAUCCUUCAUUUGGAUUAACGUCAGUGACACAAACUGACCAGAGGUGGCAGCAGUAGAGCAGCAGCUCCUGUGUCCCCGAGAGCUAAAAACGCUGUCUUUCUCAAUGGACUAUGGUGUGUAAGAAUGCAAACUUUAGGUUCCGUUAUUAUAUUAUUUGAAGGUGUGCUGAACCAUGUGGCCAGAGGGAAACACGUUUUCAAGCUUUGUACUGUAAAUACAGUUUUUCACAUUUAAAUAAAAAUGUCUCCAGUCA